AUGGCCUAUCCACCCCCUCAUGGCGGCCCUUUCUUCCCUGGGCAGCCUCCGCUCCAAGAAGCUCACCAGCAACCAAAUCGCCCGGCCGCCUCCCCUCUCGCGUUACCAGCAUUGAUCAAGCCGGAGCAAAGCCCUCAGAUACCGCUGGCGCAGUUUACUCCCUACCCUUCGCCGCAACAACACCUCCAACCUCAACCGUUCCCCGGCAGUCCCUCCGCAACCACAUAUCCGCCUCGUCCGGUAAACCACCUCCGCCCCGCCCCGCCAAAGGUGCCUUUCCAGUAUGGCGCUGUUCCUGCCGCACCCGGGGCUUACUACAGCCUUCCACAUCCAUCCGAUAUGUACCCGCCACCACACCCACAAUACCAAGCUCCUCCGCCGCCCCGACCUCAACCUCAGUCUCAGCCCGUCCCCAGUCCAGCUUCAAAAUCGCCAUACCCUCAAAUUCAGAUUCGCCCGCCACCCAUUUCACAAGUCCAAAGACUGUCUACCAGCUCCAAAGGCGGGAACAAUCCCACAGCCCCGGCUAGAUCACGCGAUCGCGCUCCGCAACAUAUGCCUCCCGUCGCGAAACAACCCACUCCUGCCAAAGCGCGUAAUAAGAGCGAGAAGCAGUCAAUUGAUUAUCAAGUGCUCCUAUUGUCGCUCGCAGACGAAUACUUUGAUGCGGCGCACAGCCAGGGAACUAUCCUCGCCGCGUCGCGCGAGGAGGGAGAUGUUGAACGAUACUACAAACUGGUCGCAACCGGACUGUGCUGCCUCGAGGCCGUGCUGAAAAAUUGGAGGCUACAGCCACGGACAGAAGCCCUGCUCCGGCUUCGAUAUGCGCGCAUACUGUACGAGGAGGCAAACAACGAUCGGGAAGCUGAAGCUGCAUUAAGCAAAGGGCUUUUAUGUCGGAUAUUGUAUAAAUCCAAUCCGAAGGCCGCGAUGAAGGCCGUAGACGGUAUUAUUCGCGACCUUGAGGCAUACCGCCAUAUUGCUUGGGAAUAUGCAUUUCGUUUUUUACGAGUAACAUUGUCUCUUUCCUCUCCGUCUCAUCAAGACUUUGUUGCAGCGGUGCAUAAUUUACAGAAACUUUCCUCUAUGGCCAGCCGUACUGGCGACAAAGCAGUCGUAGUGGUUUCCUCGAUAAUCGAAGCGCUUACACACCUGCAACACUCAUCUAACGGUGAUGCGAUAGAACAGGCACAAAGGGCCAUUGCAACAGCCAGGAGCCACCAGACCAAUGAAAGUGUCGCAGCGGGGCCGCAUGUUGAUACGAUGUUUCAAGUCGCCGACAUUUGCUGCAGUAUCCUCGAAUACGAUAUCGCCCAAGCUUCUCAGAAGUUGCAGGUACUUCAGAAAAAUAUGGAUCAGAACAUCAAUAGCCCAUUAUGGCAGGAUGACGGCUCGUUUUCAAUCUCGCUAAGCAGCGAGGCUAUCAAACAGUCAACCGUAGAAUUUGGAGAUAUCCUCCGAGCGUCAAAUGGAACCGUCGAGCUAGUGCUUAACUGGCUGCCGGAGGCCGAUCUCUACGCGUUAUGCUACUUUCUUAGCUCUGUCACUCUCGGUGCAAGGAAUUCCCAAGAUGGGCACAAAGCUGAGAAGUACCUACAGGAAGGCUUGCGCAUGAUCCGAAGUAGCUUAGAGUCCCCCCAGGAGGUACCCGAAUCAUUCACGUUAGCCUCUACCCGCUUCCGGUGGCGGAGGUUGCUUUAUUGCCACAUGUUGCUUCAGCAGAUUUUCCUCGCUUGCGCACGAACGGACUGGCCUCUAGCAACCAAGAUGUUGAAAGAGGCGCGAGCUACUUCGGUAGAAUUGGGAAACGAGCCGUAUGAGACCAUCAAUUGUCUUAUACAGUAUGCCACCGGCGUCAUCGCGCAGGCUACAGGAGAUUUGAAGGGAGCUCUUGCAAUUUUCAAACAGCCUAUCUUCUCUUUAUCCCAAUCCACCAACAGGACGUGUCGUAAUGAUCCUCGCCGUGAUACCGCAAUUCUCGCAGGGCUCAACUGCGUUUUAAUUUACCGCGAUACCUCGCAACCGUCGUUCUCAAUCGCUGCAAAUGCACUAAGCUCCCUUGAACCAUUUUGCCAGCACAGCCCGAAUAAAUACAUUCAAGCCGCUUAUUCUUUGGUUAGCGCGACUAUUCACACUGAAUCUACAAUGCAAACGAAGCGCAAUCUUCACCAAUCCCUGCGGUCCGCUACCGCGAUAUGUAAUAGUCAAGUCACAUGUUUGGCGCUCACCUUCAUGAGCUGGAAAUACUUCCGCGGUGUGGUUGGUGAGCAAUCUGAGAAGAGUGCUAUGGCUGCGAAAGCCAUGGCCAGGAAGACGGACGAUAGAUUAUGGAUCAAUGUCACCGAUGAGUUGCUGGCCGAGACCUUGGAUCGACAAGGAAAAGCAAGUGAAGCGAGAGCUCUGAGAGAAAAGGCAGACAAGGAUUUAGCGAAACUGCCACCAGUGUUAACCAGAACCGCUAGACCGGUGUUUGGCCAAAAUGGAACGAAGUCUACGACGAUAUAG